CCUGGGCGGGUGGAGGAGCCGCGCCGGUUGAGGGGCAGGAGCGGCCUCGAUUCGGUGCUGAGGGGAGCGGCGGCGCGGGAGGCCUCGGCUGCCCCUCAAGGUUGGGGGGAGGGGAUUGUGGAGGCCGACGGGCCCUUGUGGAGGAUGGUGAGAGGGAGCGGCCCUGAAGGCCAGGAUGCUGUUUGGGGGCCUUUCCAGAGCGAAGCGUGGCUUGUAGCGAGCUCUGCCGUCCACGAACCCAGCGCUGGCGUUUCUGUAGGGCCAGUGUGAAGGAUAUAAUAAGGAGGCCAGCGAGGUCGGAUCGAGUCCGUUUAGACCUGUCUCUGGUGGCUAAAAUGCUCGCAGAAGGGUGGAUAGAGCAUCUGGCAUCUUUAGGUGUCAAAGUUAACAAUCAGACAUUGGGCAGUUCGCAGCAGACGUCAUUUGCAACCUCUGCAAGGAGUUGACCUUAUUUUAGAGGUGUUUAUGGUAUUUCAGCACUAGAGUGGAAGGAUAUCGUGUAUUGAGAGAUGAGCCUACAGAGUCAUUGCAAGUACAAGUAGUCCAAAGUGUAUUUUAUUUCUUAAAUGGUCCAACAUUGCAUUGUAAGGAGAUCCAGAGCCUUCAGACUCAAACCCAGAAGUCAUGGACUGUGGUCUCAUUUUGCUUUAUCUGAUUCAAUUUUUAAAAUGAAAAUAGUGCUUUUUUGGAUUGGAUUUGAAUUUUCUCCCAGUUACUUCACAUGCAAUUAGAUUUUUAAUAGUGUGUAUAACAGGGGAGGACUAAUACAGGAACUUAACUAUAGCUUUCUCUAUUCAUGCCUCUUCAUUGAUGUCUCUGAGUAAUCAUGUGUCAUCGUAAGCCAUUUGAAUUGGUAGAAAAAGUAAAAUGCGAUAUCAGCAAUGUUAGUCCAGUCAAAUCAAUGCUCUGCACGACUUCGUGCUAAAUUAAGUAUCCCACCUUGUAGACAUAUACAUGUUUUAUAAGUCUGAUUUAGAAUAUUCUGGAGGUGUUUGUUUGGUUUAUGAUGGUCCUUAGACCUUAUAGGCUUCAGCUGCCAUCUGAGUUUUCAUCUCCAGUUCUUUGUUUCCUUUUCCAUCGAGUUUCUUCUCUCAUUCUGUUUGCAGCUCCACAUGACUUUGGUUUUGAUUUUAAAGUACUGCUGAAGUAGUCAUGAAAAUAAGGUAACUUAGAAGAGAAAUUCCUAGUGAUGCUUCUUUUUCUAUUACUGGACAAAAAGAACUUUGAAGCUGAUUUGCAUUGACCAUGAAUAAUCAAUGAAGACAUACGGCAUUUUCUGGAAUAUUGACUGUUCUCAUAAUGAAGAUCUCUCUUCUGCAGCAGAUGUAUAAGGAUGUACUGGUAGGCCUUCCACUAGCGAAGGAAAGUCGUUAUUAUGCCUCUUUACUUACUCUAUGCAUUGAGCAGUCACCAGGAGGAGAUGAAUCAUGUAACUGGAUGCAUUUGUCAUCUACUAAUGGUGGUAUUAGGAGCCAUCAGGACGCUGAUAUGCCAGAUGCAGUUGUUCCUACAACAGAGGAUAUAUCAAAUAGCUUCGCAAACAUGAACUCCUCAUUCUCUCCAAGAGAAGUGAUGCUUCUUCAGUUAACCUUGAUCAAGAUGGUGGUUGUUAAAGCAGAGUGCCAGGAAAUUGAAUUUAAUACAAGACAGAAGUACUGUGAAAUCUUUGUCCUUCUUCUGAAGGAGGCAAAAAUUGACUCAAAUUUGAUUUGCCUGCUCGGUAGUUAUGAUCAGCUGUUAUCUCACAUGGCUUCAAAAAGUUUAGCAUCUCUUGUGUAUUUCCAGCUGAAAGAAGAGAACACAUUAAAUGUCACUUGGCUCAACUUUAGUUUGAAGACUCUUUCAGGAUUCCCUCCAAAUACCCAGGUAGCAGAAUGUCUCUGGACUCUUACAACUAUUAUCAAGGACAUACUGAGCGACAAAGUUGUCCCGAAAGCAGGUAUUUUGCAGAAGUUGUUGGCUCCUCUUGAUGCUGUACUUGAAGGAUUUUAUAAUUCCAUUCUGUUCCAUCAUUUUGACAGUCACCACUAUUCUUCACCUUAUUCUGAAGCUACAAACAAUUUGAUCAGUUUUGUAGAUCUGCUUGAAGCACUUUUGGCUUCCAGAAUUGAAUUACAACUACCACUCAGAUGUCAAAGAGUGUUGUUUUUGAAAGUUUCCUACGUCCUGAACCUCAUUAGCUCAUCAAUUCAUUAUUUAAUCAAGAGGAGGCUCAUUAUGCUCCUUAAAAAGUGUGUCCUUUACAAGUCUAGAGAAGGUGUUAAAAGUGGAUCACUGUUCUUACAAACCCCAUCUUUAUAUGAGGAUAUGCUUACGCUGAGUAAUGCUGUUCUUCAAGUUGUGAAUUUGACUUGGUUUAACCAGAUCCCACUCAGUGAAAAGACCAGCUACUUCGGAGGCUGCGAAGCUCUUCCUGAAGAAGAUACUCAAGGUGGUUCUGACCAAACUGUUCUCAGAGCCUUAAGUCUGGUUGUGCUUAAAGCACUGGAAUUCAAAUUUCAGAACUCUGCUACGGAAGCUGAAAUCAAAGGAGACUUUCAGAGUUCCAUGUCCCAGCUAUUGAUAUUCUGGAGGAGUCAUCUGAAGUCUCUGCCACAGUCUCACCCAGUUGUACAUCACUGUGAAUGGCUCUCCUUGAUUUUCAUAGAGCAAGAUGAUGAUAUGUGGGAAGCUGCUAAAGCUUUAUUACUUAUUUAUUUAAAACUGGAUAGGUUCCAGCAUGAUGCUGCUGAUAACUUAAUCCAAAAAGAGGAGGAAACCUGGAACUUUCUUACUCAUGCAGGUGGAUAUAAUCCUCACUGUAUCUUUUUAUUUUUUCUAGAAAAAAUUGCCUUUGAUUCCACAGUAUUACUAGAUUUUUUGAUUUCAUCAGAAACUUGCUUUCUGGAGUACUUGGUAAGGUACUUAAAGCUUCUUAGAGAAGACUGGCAGCAGUUUGUACAAGUCUGUAACCAUUUUGAUACUAAACAUGGCACUUUUCAAUCAAUUUCUUCUGUCAAGCCACCCCAUGAAGAAAAACAAAGCUGCACAACUGAUGAGAGUUUGCAAAAUGCUUGUUGUGAACGAGAACCACAGACUCUGAGAUCUUUGGCUUUUUCUCACGACUGCGUAGUGUUUACUACAGAUCAAGGUGAUAACGAAGUUGUAGAGUCUAACCAGUCCAACUCACUGAUGUGCACUGAUAGUGCAUCUCUGCUGGGUUCUCUUCAAAGCCUUGUUAAUUAUGACAGCUCAGAGGAGUCUGAAUUAGAAUCAGAUGGAAAAGAUUGUUUAGUAAAUAGAAAGCAGGUGCCUUUAAAUAAUGAGGGUGAGACAAGGGUGAAGGAGACUGGUUGCAGCUACUCAGGUGAUAAUCAGAAUACACUCAAGUCUGAAGUGUUGCCUCUGAAACAAGAGAGAUCUAAUACCUCAUCCUGUUUGACUUGUGUGGUGUCUUCAGAUAACAUCAUUCCCCUGAGAAUAAUGUUUUACAAAUCAACAAAAUGUUUGGAAGAACUUCAAAAAGCUAUUUCUAGGUUGCAGAGAAGAAAUCUUUUCCCAUAUAAUCCAUCUGCAUUGUUGAAACUACUGAGCCAUGUGGAGAAGAUCAGUAAGAAUAUGAAUCCACAAGAAUCUAAAGGAGAGUUCUAGUCAUGUUUUGACUGCUACACUGAGGAACGUUUCCAUGAGAUUAAUGACUUCUAAAGCUCGUGCCUUUCACACUUGUCAGUGUAUUUAACCUGAGACAGGAUAAACCUGGUUAUUGGUUAACACCUUAAAAUCUGCAGCUGCCUUCAGUGACAUGAUCCAUUACUUUAGGGUCCUAGGCUUGUUCAUGGUAUGUAUGUCAGUGUACAGUAUAUAAGGAUGAGUUGUUAGGUAUUCAAAAUUUGAUAAUAAAUGAUUAAUGUGAAAGUAUAUCAACAAUACAUGAUACUUAAAUAUUGUCAAAUAUAGUUAAUGUUAUUCUAUAUAUGAAGUCACUGCCAGAUGGGUGGUGAUUUAUGGACUACAGCACAGUAUUAGUGCAACACAUGACUGCUUAGAGGUUGAACUAAAUAAAAUAUUUUAAUUGGGAA